UCAGGAACAUGCAGAACACCGGAGGCUGUUCGUGGAUCGUCAUCAGUCCUGCAACGAGAUGUCACACGCAUUGUGUUGUUCACACUAGCAUCUUUCACCUCUUCUGUCUUGUCGAGGAAACAGCACAUUACAGAAGGAGACGCACUUUUCUAUGCGGUUGAAGAUUGCAUCUUUAAAAGGGACCUAAACAACAGUGGAUACGUGGAAAUGGUAAAGUGCAUUCAAAUGUGUCUGGGCUCGCUUGCCUCAUGUUCUAUCCAAGAACGGUUGCAUUAGAUGCUUGCUUAUGACAGACUUUAAUGCACAUCAUCACUGAUGCUUCACCUUGUUGACAACGGCGACGUGCCUAUCCGCAACGAUGCGCUCUUUGUAGCCAACGAAGAGUUGGUGUUUUCUCUAUGCUGGCUUCAUUUAUUCAUCUAAACAAGUUGGUUGUGUGGAAGAUGACUGACAACUGAAGCACUACCUCAUGAGAAGAUUCCCUUUUAUCAUCUUGAUUUUGGACCGCUACAGGUUUCCUCGCUGACCAUUUGCAUACACAAAAGUGGUGAAUAUAUUUAAAACUUUUUGAUCUUUUCAAGAAGACUUUCAAGGGACUUGGAAAGGAGCGUCCUUUGGUUUUACAACUCUUUGCACUCUCUCAUUUGAGAAAGAGAAAAUAGGAACUGACUCUCAGGUUGUGGUCACCACGGCAGUAACUGUGGGAGCAGAUCCAAAGACGAUGGUCCACUGUGCGGGCUGCGAAAGGCCUAUAUUGGACAGGUUUCUCCUGAAUGUUCUUGACAGAGCAUGGCACAUAAAGUGCGUACAAUGCUGCGAGUGCAAAUGUAACCUAACGGAGAAAUGCUUUUCUCGAGAAGGAAAACUAUAUUGCAAAAACGACUUCUUCAGGCGCUUUGGAACAAAAUGCGCUGGUUGUGCUCAGGGGAUCUCGCCGAAUGACUUGGUCCGGAGGGCACGGAGCAAAGUGUUUCAUCUGAACUGCUUCACAUGCAUGAUGUGUAACAAGCAGCUAUCCACAGGGGAGGAAUUGUACAUCAUAGACGAAAAUAAAUUUGUCUGUAAAGACGAUUAUUUAAGCAACACAAAUGGAAAAGACACAAAUCUUCUUUCAGUCACAGCCUGCAGCGAUCCUAGUUUAUCGCCAGAUUCUCAAGACCAGCAGGACGAUGCCAAGGAUGCGGAAAUCGCUAACCUAUCGGACAAAGAAACGGGUAAUAAUGAAAACGAUGACCAGAAUCUCGGAGGGAAACGAAGAGGACCGCGUACCACUAUUAAAGCAAAGCAACUGGAGACACUAAAAGCUGCAUUCGCAGCGACCCCCAAACCAACGAGACAUAUCAGGGAGCAAUUGGCGCAGGAGACGGGGCUCAACAUGCGAGUUAUUCAGGUAUGGUUUCAGAACCGGCGGUCCAAAGAACGGCGCAUGAAACAGUUGAGCGCACUCGGCGCGAGGAGACACGCGUUCUUUCGGAGUCCGAGAAGAAUGCGAACGCUGGUGGACAGACUCGAACCUGGAGAAUUAAUUCCCAAUGGCCCGUUUUCAUAUUAUGGAGAUUAUCAGAGCGAAUACUACGGUCCAGGAGGGAAUUAUGACUUCUUUCCCCAAGGCCCACCAUCUUCACAGGCCCAGACUCCUGUAGACCUCCCCUUUGUCCCAUCAUCAGGACCCACUGGCACCCCGCUAGGGGGCAUGGACCAUCCUAUCCCUGGCCACCAUCCAUCCAGUGAAGUACAGCGCUUUUCAGAUAUUAUGUCUCACCACCCCGGGGACUCACCCAGUCCGGAACCAGGGAUACCUGGACCACUGCACAGUAUGUCCUCAGAUGUUUUCGGACCCAGUCCCUCCUUCACAUCUCUCUCUCUCAAUGGCAGCGGAUACAGCAGCCACCUCUCUCACCCUUCGUCAGAAAUGAACGAGGCCACGGUUUGGUAGCUUCUGUGAACUGAUAAACAGAGGAGUGAGGAUGGGAACAGGGACACCGGCCACACAUGGUUAUCAUUUUUGUCUUUUUCUUUUCCCAUGUCAUAAGGUAGUGGGACAGUUCAGAGAGAGCAGCAGAGGGCAGCAUGACCAUUGACAUUAACCUUCUUGAACUUAUUGUGUUGAUGUUCUGUUUCCUUCGGUUUUGUUUUAUCCCUCUGAAUUAAAGUCAGAACUCAAGAAUUGAUACUGAUAAUAUUGACCUAGUCGCUGUAUGAACUCUGCUAUGAGGCUUAGCACAGCAGUGUCCCUCCAGAGGCUCAGUACGUACCACUGGUUAAAUCAUCACUCUAAAAACGGUGAUUGCAACAUGUUAACGGCGUUAGCUACUGUCAAAGACUUGUCAGCUUUACAGAGAAACACCAGAGGCGGCUGAUCUAACGCUAACCUGCAACGUUGACUCCAGGAAAGAUCUAAGCCGUCAGACUAAUUUAUUUAUUUGAAAUCUCCUCAGACCUCCUUGCCUUUUCAAGGCUCUGCCAUACUGACACUUAAACAACCUUUUCAACACUAAAUAUGUUUCUGUAGGCCAGGGAGAAAAAAGCUUUUCUCUUGUUCUGGACAUCCUCUUUUAUUCCCAAGAAUUCCACCAAAUCCGAAGAAGUUAGCCUUCAAAAGGCAAAUGUUACAAUUCGUGUGAAUGGUGAACCCUUUAUUUAAUGGAAGAUAACUUGAAAUGUUGAUAAAUGAAGUCUACCUUCUAAAAGUAUUUUAACAAGGGUCUGAAAGGGGCAUAGAACAGUCAACUGUUUACGUAAUAUAUUUAAUUCAGGAGUUAAAAGUAUCAACCAUGAUUUAGAACCUCUUGAUCCAGAAAAAAUGUUCCAAGCAACCAACCAAACUUUUGUAUUAAUUUUAUUUAUAUUGUAUGAUGAAAACAAGUUUGCUGGGGUUGUGGUUCACUGUGCUAGUUUGUACAAAAUGUUGUUUACAAAAAAAAUGGAAAAAAGGAAAAAAAACAAGUAGACAGUUGCCAAAUAAAAACAUAGCACAAAUACUGUAAAAGUGCUUUGCACCAUUAUCUGCAGAACGUGUUGAAACAAAGUGUAAGUGUUUAAAAAACAAUAAGAAGUAUUUACUUCUUAAUUUUUUUAGUCUGCUGAGAAAACAUUCAUAAAUUGUUAAUAUAACAUACUUAGACCUACAAGUUUUAUUUUUGUGUCUUUAAAGGAAAAUUCAAACUAUUGAAAUUGAUGGUCAAAUGUGCAGCUAGCAGCUGCUACUUUCUUUAAAUAUCAAAUUCUCAUGGUAUGUCUUUUAUUGUUCUAAUAAACCUAAGCUUACGUGACCUCCAGUGCAUAUUAGACCAUUCACUGUAUAAAUACAACAUGUUGAACAAAUUUGUGAGUUUUUAAUAAAACUAGAAAAUAUGAAAAUUGGAUAACAGGUGCUUUUCAUUGGACUAGCUGAUAUUGACUACAUGAGUACGCAGCAGGGGCAUUUUUAGAUUUGAAGAUGCUCUUAUUUAGCAUUUGAAGGUUUUAUUCCAAAAAUGUUUACCAUUACCUCGCGCCAGAGAAACUCUUGCUAAGAAAAGGAUUUGUAUUUCUCAGUAAAGUACAGAAGAAAAAUCUCAAAGUUGAUCCUGGCUGCCGUUCUUUAAAUUCUCUCGUGAAGUCCAGUAUAACAAGAUUUACAAACCAUUGUUCACUCAAAUUCACUCUUAAACUGCACUUCUGCUGUGUUAGUGAAAUAUAUUUUCAUACAUUUGGACUGUGUAUGCUGGGACAUUGGCUUGUGUUCUCUGGUGAACAUGCAAUUUGACUUAAGUGAAAGCGGAUUAGAAGUAAAGCUUGUUAUUGAUUCACUUACAGUCCUAUAUUUUAUAUAAUUAAUAUACUUUGUUUUUUAUUUCAAAUAUAACUAAAGCAUUUCAAAAGAAACAAAAAGUAUAUAUAUUUUUUAUUUUUCUUCCAAAUAUUUUAUAUUAUAAUUUCUAUAAAACCAUGUUGCUUUGGAAAAAAAUCUAGAUAAUUUCUAAAUUUAAUUGCAGAACAUAACUUAAUAUUCAACAUUAUAUACAGUGCAACACCAUAACUAUCAAUUUAAGAAAAUAGACAGUAAGAGAGAAAUUCUUAAACUCAUAUCAUAUCUCAAUCCGAAGAUGAUUCAAUGAUUUAAAUCUCUUUGGGGAGAGUUUAUGGGGUACAGUAAAUCUUUCGCAGGUUCAAGGAAAACUGGCAUCAAAUUUAGCUUGCUAUCUGUGGGAAAGACCUUUAUCUCAUAGCAAUGUGUGGUUUUAGCGUGAAGGAGCCCGAAAUGCCCCUGUUGCACCUAGCACAUAAUCCACUAUGAAUUAAUCAUGGUCCUGAGAGUUAAACAGGCCUGCGGGCCCUCCUGAGCCUGGGGCUUAACCACAACGCUGACUCCAUACUCUGUCACCCAGGAGGCCAAAGCUUUUUAAAUUCAAAUCUCAUAUUGAUUGAACAUCGACUAUUGGUUUGGCCUGACCUUGUCGAUACAUUAAAUAUAAAUGUUUUGAAUGUUUAUAAAUGCACCUUUUAAGGAUUUAAAUAUAGACAUGCAUGAAUGUUGGUUUGUUUUUGGUAUAGGCUAGGUAAGUGAUGGCCACCUAUUAUAUGUGCUUUUAUUCCAAAGUUUUUUUAACACACUGUAUUAAAUACGGUAUUGUUAAAAGCUUACAAAUACUGGCAAUGUUCAACCAAAACCAAAACAAAAAUUAUAUAUCAAUGACCCUAACACGUCCACUGUUGCUUUUAUUACACAAUGAAAACAAAGACAUAUUUUAAAAUGCCUUUGCAUUUUCAUUCAGGCAAAGAUGAAAUGAAAGAAAAUCAAUAGAUUUUAAAUUUAUGACGUACAUUGAAAACAUAUAUCUCUGGGCAAUAUCUUAACUGCCGUCUUUUAUUUUCUUAAUUCACCCACACAAACAAGGAGUUCCUUCUCUUCUACAGUCAAUAGGUUCUGCACGAAGCAAUUACAAUUCAGUCUUCAUACUGUACUUGAAUUUAUGUAUUACUCUAAGGUAAUAUGAAAAUUUGCUUUAAACUCCUCAGACAUGGUGUGUCCCCAACGUGGACAUCACAUUUUUUGUUGUUUGCACCAUAAUACUUAAUUCUGUGUAACUUUGUAACACAAACAUGGACAAUUACACUGGAAAUCUGGAAAAAAGACAAAGAAAAGCUUGGGUCUUAGGAGGUUAAACUUAUACAAUCAUAUAUUGAAUUGCUAUGUUGUAUAUUACAGAAAGAGAUGCUACUGGACAGGUUGGAGGAUAAUGUGAGACAAAAAACAACAACAUAUUUUUCACUCCAAUUAGGUAUUCGCCUACAUUUCUAAAUCUUGUCAAUUUAACAAAAUUACAAAACUGUUUUUGAGUUUUUAUUUCUACUACACUCUCAAAAAUGCUAUGAGUUAUUUUGAGUCAAAAAGGGACAAACACAACGUGUUGGGUUGUUAUGUAACCACUUAUUUUGUUGGCAAAUUUGUAUUAAUUUAUAUGAAGGUAAUCGUGCAAAAUGGUACAAUUAUUAUAAAAACAAUAACGAAACCCUCCCCUUAGCCCAACAUUACAGUAAGGCAAAUCGUACAAAAUGUACGAAUGUGGUCUACACAAAUUAAUACGAAUUAACCUCGUAAAAUAUGUACGAAUUGCCAUGAGAUAGCAUUGCUUGAAUACAACCUGCUGGGUUGUUUCAACCCAAAAUGGUUUUAACCCAUUGUUGGGUCAAAUAUGAAAAUUUUCUUGGUUCAUUUAACCCAACGGAAUGGAUUCGUAGCUUUUUGCCCCAAACUUGGUUACAACUAAGCCAGCAUUUUUAGAGUGUAAGUAAAUGAGAUUCAGAAUAUACUAGAUUAUAAUUAUAAUGUAUAAUAUAAUCUGAUAUCCAUUUGCCCUUGUAAAAAAUGAUUUCUCCAUAUCUAAUGAAAGAUGAAGAAUGAUAAGAUAACAAUUAUUUUACCUAUUAAUCGUAUAAAUGUAUCAUACCAUGGCAAAUUAUAUUUGUUAGGCUAUGGGGCAUGUUACAUUGUACAGUGUCAGGUAAUUGUUUUAUUUUUGUAAUUAACCAUUUAAUUAUGGAAAGUUUUACAGUAAAUAUGGACAUCAAAACAAAUAUGACUGACUGCCAAAGUUGGUCUGGACUGAUAGACCAGAAUGACUCAAGUUAUGUUAACCAUUUCAGUGAGAAAUUUGUGAAAACCCAC